AUGACUAUCACCGUUGGAGUUUUGGCACUGCAAGGCGCAUUUUUUGAACAUAUACAAUUACUGAAAAAAGCCACCGAGCAAGCUUCCCCGUCCGAAUGGCAGUUCAUUGAAGUACGAACGCCACAAGAGCUGGCAACAUGCGACGGUCUUGUCUUACCUGGAGGGGAGAGCACCACCAUGUCCUUGGUUGCAGCCAGGUCCAAUCUCCUUGAGCCAUUGCGGGAAUUCGUCAAAGUGGAUCGCAAACCAACGUGGGGUACCUGCGCUGGCCUUAUCUUGCUCGCCGAAUCCGCCAACAAGACCAAGAAGGGCGGUCAGGAGUUGAUUGGAGGCCUGGAUGUUCGAGUGAACCGCAAUCACUUUGGUCGACAGACGGAGAGUUUCCAAGGUCCAUUGGAUCUACCCUUCUUGGGCGCAGACGCACCGCCUUUCCCAUCAGUCUUCAUUCGAGCCCCGAUUGUCGAGAAGAUUCUCCCACACCAUGAGGGCGUACAGACGGAAGAGACUCAGCAAGAAGACGUUAUCGUGGCGCCAUCCCGAAAGGUGCGGGAUUCCGUGGCGCAAGCUGCAACGGCAGAUGAAGUCGAGGUCCUGGCAACAUUAGUCGGGCCAGCAGCCCGCUCAGCCACGGAAGGCCAAGAUGGCGACCCGGACAAGGAAGUUGGAGACAUUGUGGCCGUUCGACAGGGCAAUGUCUUCGGCACUAGCUUCCACCCGGAGCUGACAGGCGAUGCACGAAUCCAUGCCUGGUGGCUUCAACAGGUGCAAGCUGCCGUGUUGAAGCGAAACAAAUUGAAGCAAUAG